AUGGCCACUGUCAUUGGAUUGCUGGAAUGUCUGGGAUCGACUGGCUCCAUUGUCGGCAUGCUCACCGGACCGCUCGCCGACUCGUGCACCGACUCAACCCGACAGACAUCCUCAAAGGCUCCUCAAGUGCAAAAGUCGCCGGGACCCGUAUCAAUCUUGGCGCUUGGGCUGACUGGUCGCCGAGACAUGGCUCUGGCGAAGUCCUAUCUUGGGAAGCCAACGUCGAUGCCAUUGGUGAACGAAGAAACUUGGCCUGUCGGUCGUGGGGCCCUCUCGUCAGGCCAGCAGAUCCUUUCAUUGGAUUAG